AUGAGCCAGCACGAGGCCCUGUUCCACUGCUCGUGCACCUCGCCCUUCUCCCACACUCGCCCUCCACCAGCCGACCCUCCCCUCUCGCACCUCCAGCACCACCCCCUGCCCGAGCUCCUCUUCUGCGAGGACUGCGACGCCAUACGGUGCAACGCGUGCGCCACCUGCGAGGUCGCGUGCUACUUCUGCCCAAACUGUCUCUUCGAGGUGCCGUCGGCCAGCGUCCGCGGCGAGAAGAACCGCUGCGCCCGCAACUGCUUCCAGUGCCCCCUGUGCGACCACACCCUGUCGGUCGUCGCGUCCGACCCGGACCCGUCGCUCGCGCUCAACACGGCCGCCGCCAGCGUCGGCGAGCCGCCGUACCUGCUCGCGUGCAACUUCUGCCGGUGGGACUCGAAGCAGGUCGGCAUCACGUUCGAGAAGCCGACCGGCCUGUCGCUCCAGCUGCAGAAGGCCGAGGAGCCCUCGGCCGACCUCCUCGAGUUCGACCACGUCAAGGACCAUCUCGAGCCGUUCCUCCGCCGGUCGCAGGCCCAGUCGGGCGUCGGCGGCGCAGCAGGCGCCUCGUCGGUAUCUACCUCUGCAAACGCGGCUACGGCGCAGCUGUAUAAGGACAUCCCGGGCUUCAGCAGUCGCUACGGCGGCACGGGCUCGCUCUUUGCCUCGACGACAACCCGGGCCCGACACGGCGCGCACGGCGGCGACGCGUCGACUGCGCCUGACGAGCUCGAGCCGUACAAGAGCCUGUACCCUGCCCGAGGAGGCGGGCCGGGCAGCGAGAAGGAGAACCGGCGCGCGAGGGCGGCGAGCGACAAGGACAAGGGCGUCGACCGAGAUGCCGAGCUCGUGCAGGCGAUGCGGAGCAUGAUCGACAUGGAGCAGGUGGCGAGCGUCGAAAGGCGGUGGACGGCCGGGUGGGGCGUACCGGUGCUCAGCAGAGACCUGCGCCCGAGCCGCACGCCGUUGCAGGCCAAGCUCUCGAAGCGCUGCCCCGUCUGCGCCCACAUCCUCAUCAAGCCCGAGCAGAAGUCGUCGUCGACCCGCUUCAAGAUCAAGCUCGUCGCCGCCAACUACCUCCCGUCGAUCUCGGUCUUCCGCCGUCCACCGGCCAGCAUCGGCUCGCGGUUCAGCGCCAUCGCGGCGAGCACGCCCUCGCGCAAGGCGGCUCGCGCCGGCGCCACUGGACGGUCGGGCGUCGACGCGAGCGGCGAGGACGACCCGCUCCGGAGCGGCAGGACCUACGUCUACGAGCUCAGCUUCGCCAAUCCCCUGUACGAGCCGAUCCACGUCAAGCUCGCCGUCGCACGGCCGAGUGCCGCGAGCGAGCCUCGUCCCGCCGCCGCUCUCGCAGGCGCCGACGGCGACGAGGGGGACCGGCCUCCUGCACCGCCGCCGUUCGCCGUCAACAUCCCGUCGCCGACGUUCCCGAUAUCGGCGUACGCCGAGGACUGGGAGUACGAGGACCAGGAGGACGAGGUCGACGAGGCGGACGAGGUCGAGGGCGGCGGCGAGGGUGGGCGAUCGAGCCCGACCAAGCGCCGGCGCAAGGGCGGGCCGGGCAUCGUCGAGCGCAAGAUGAACCGCACGACGGUCCUCAUGGAGGUGGCCGUCGCCAAGGAGACGGCGCCGGGUCCGCUCUGGGCCAACAUGCUCGUCACCUACGUCUACCAGGCCGACGACGGCGUCCCUCCUCAGAGCCCGCAGAAGGGCAAGCACGCCCCGCCGCCGACCGACGUCAAGUCGUUCUCGUUCUGGGCGCUCGUCCCGCUCGGUACAGUCGUGCAGCGUCCGCAGGGCGACGCGAGGAGGGCGGCGGCGGCGAGCAGUGCGAGCUCGUAGACGAGGAGGAGCGCAAUGUUCUGGUGGAGUCUGUCUACCAGUCCUGGA